AUGUCGCGUCGUCAGUUUACGUUGGACGAAAAAAUCGGUAUAAUCGGGCGUUUAGAAAAUGGUGAGAAAAACAGAGGGGAAAAAUGCUCGGGUGGAAAAUUAUCCAAAGACAGAAUAACAGUUUUAGUGGCAGCCAACAUGACCGGAACUGAUAAAAGAAAACUCCUUGUUAUUGGAAAAUCGAAAAGUCCUAGGUGUUUUAAAGGAGUUUCAUCACUUCCCGUAUUUUAUGAAAAUAACACCAAAGCUUGGAUGACCUCAGCAAUUUUUGAAAAGACUCUUAAUUAUUUGGAUGAUGAAUUACGCCGUAAGAAAAAAAAAAUUCUACUGUUGGUGGACAACUGUCCAGCACACCCAUCAGUGCAGCAUUUGAAAUUUAUUAAACUCGUAUUUUUGCCCACCAACACUACUGCUGUACUUCAACCGAUGGACCAGUGCGUUAUAAGGAACAUUAAAGCUCAUUACCGGAAUCAGUUGGUACUGAAAAUGAUUGAGGAUAUUGAAAAUCAAAUAGAAUCAAAAGUAACUGUUUUGGAUGCCAUAAUAAUGCUGGAUAAAGCUUGGCGUAAUGUAACAUCGACGGGGAUUGCUAAUUGUUUUCGGCAUGCAGGUUUUUGUGACGUUACGGCCGAUACUACACAGCUACAAGCAGACAGUGGAUUGAUUAAUAUCAUCGACGAGGACUACUUACAGAUUGAUGACUACCUAAUAACGUCAGAAAUUCAAACAGAUGAAGAUAUAGUCGACAAUGCCAUAGCCAGCCAACAAGUUGAGCUAGAUAAUGAUACUGAUAUUGAUGAGUUUGAAACUGUGCCGUCAAUAUCCGAAGCUCGUGCUGCAUUGAGGACACUAGAAAGAUUUUAUUACACAAAAUAUGAAGAUUUAGCUGGCCACAUGUCAGAAGUUGACAAUAAUAUUUUAUAA